GACCACUAUGGGCUCUUCCAAACAUAUCCAAACUCAUUCCCAUUGUACAACCCUGACGAAAUUACCUCCCUUGCCCACCUUUCUGACUCAACACACUUCGCAAGUGCACAGCAGCCAGCAGCAGGUAGGCCCUGGUGGUCUGGUUUUGGCACUUCAAUGAAAACACCGACAGAGAAUUUCUUCGUACCAUUUCUGAAUGCAACUAUAUAUCGCUUAAUGUGUUGGUUUCAUGGAGGAUCAACUAUGAAAUCCCUCACUGAACUCGAUCGCCUCGUCAACAAAGUCAUCCUCGCAGAGGAUUUUGAUAAGGCAGAUCUGCAAGGAUUUCAAGCUUCGAAGGAACUGGAACACCUGGAUAAUUAUCAGGGUGAUCCAGAGGACAUAUGUUCAUCAUUUUCAACAGCUGGUGGAUGGAUAGAGACAUCGGUCAAGAUCCGAUUGCCUGCUGAUGGUGUUGAGCAUCCUUCAGAGGAAUGUGCCCCUGAAUUCAAUGUACCAGGACUCUUCUACCGCCGUCCAUUAGAGGUCCUCAAAACUGCCUUUCGUGAAGCUUCAGCUGAACAGUUUCAUCUCACACCAUUUGAAACCUCCUUCCAAGCAUCGCCCAAUGAACCUGCAGAGCAUGUGUACUCAGAACUGUACAUGUCCCCAGCUAUGAUCAAUGAGCAUCACAAGAUUGCAUCUACACCUAGAGUUGAUGGCUGUACCCUCGAGACGGUAGUUGCCUCAAUCAUGCUGUGGUCGGAUUCAACACACCUCGCUAGUUUUGCACCACAUUGUUGUGGCCCAUAUAUAUGUAUUUUGGGAAUCAGUCAAAAUAUGUUCGGGGCAAGCCAUCGUGCUUCGCUGUGCACCAUCUUGCCUAUAUUCCUAAAGUGA